AUGAACACAUCUUUCUAUCAAUAAACAAAAAGCAAUAAACAAUUUCACACAAAAAUUUUAUAAAAUUAUAAAAAAGCUCUUGUUUUUUUAAUAAUUGAUAGCUAGGCAAUACUCACAUCUUUAAUGGUUAUCCGUUUAAAAGCCUUAAAUCAUAAGAAAAAACGAUUUAUUCUCUAAUUGCUCCAGUAAUUUGAAACGAUUGAAAUGUCGUCAGAAUCAGAAAUUGCAUACGAAUUUCAAGGAUUCACAUAUCGGUUUCUGGAUGAUGUUGAGUCUGAGAUAACAGACUUAACGGAGGUUAAUAUUGUUCCUUCGCCAGAAAACGAUAUCCCUGAAAUUUCUUCUACAGAUCCUGGUUGGACUGAAGAAGAAAUAAGAUAUAUGCGAUACAAAUGCCAAACUUAUUUUCCUCAGAUUGGACCGAAAAAAAUAUUUUCAAAUAUAAAACAAAUGUUUCUUAGAAUAUCAAAUGAAUUGGGAACCAAGAGCUUAGAACAAUGUGAACAAUAUUAUCGAAAUGCUGUUAAAAAAGAAAAGCAAAAGAGAAAGAAACUCAACAAAAACAAAAUCAACAACGUUCAAUAUUGGACCGAAAAAGAAACCAAUUUAUUGAUCGAUAAAUGCAAGGUUUACUCGCCUCAAGUCGAUGCCAACAUAUUACUAAACAAAAGAGAAAUGUGGGAAAAGAUUGCUGGUCAUUUGAGAAAUAGAACUCCAAUUCAAUGUAAACGACAUUAUUAUCAUAUUCGACAUAAAAUAAAGGAUAAAGCUGGAAGUGAUCCAAUAAUAAAUCCCAAUACAGUGAAACUUGAUCACAAUGAUGGGUUGGAAUUAAAAAGUGAAAGUGAUCAAAUGAUAAAUCCUAAGCGAGUGAAACUUGAUCAUAAUGAUGGGUUGGAAUUAAAAAAUAAAAGUGAUCAAAUAAUAAAUCCCAAUCCAGUUAAACUUGAUCACAAUGAUGAGUUGGAACUAAAAAGUAAAAAGGCAAGACUUGUACUUAACACUAAACGUUCCUCGGAAAAACAAAACAACGAUCCUUUAGUAUUUCCAGUAUUAACGAAAUUCCCGAUACAACAUCACGCUGUGUGGACUGAUAAAGAAACUGAACUUUUGAUUAACAGAUAUACAGAAUACAUAUCCGAAAUUGGGCCAUACAAAAAAUUCCGCAUAAAAAGACAAAUGUGGCAGGCAAUAGCAAGAGAGUUAAAAAACAAGACUUUUAUUCAAUGUGAAAGACAUUACUAUAGUACUAUCAAAAGUUGUAAUAGUUUACCCGAACCUGUGAAAAAAACUGUUCUCGAUCAUAUGAAAAACAAACAUCAAGAUGACCUAAUUACAAAUGAAAAACUGUAUGAAUUUAUUCAAACCUCGAAGCUAGUAUCGACCUUACAUCAGAGUAUAGGCCAAGUAUGGACUGAAGAUGAAACAAAACUAUUAUUCGAAAAGUACAGAAAAUAUGCUAGCCAAAUUGGGCCGCGUAAACAAUUUCGCUAUAAAAAAGAUAUGUGGAAACAUAUUGCUUCAGAAUUUAAUGGCAGUAAAACCUAUCAGCAAUGUGAACAACAAUUUUAUAGAAUUGUUAUGAAAUAUAAAAGUAGUGAAAGAAAUCAAAUGGAAACCAGUGAGCAAGAGGAUGAAACUAAUAAAACAGAAUUUGUAGCGAGCAACGAUUGGUUAGAUUAUUCAAGUCUUGGUGAAAUGAAUACAAAUAAACGAUGGAUGGAAAUUAGUAAGGUAGAAUGUGGAAAAUACGAACUAAAUGAAACUUUUGAAGACUUCAAUUCGAAUACUGAGCCAGAAAAUGAUGAUCAAAUAAAUCAAUACUCAGAAUCUUCAAAUAUUGAAUACCCAGAAAUGACUAAGAUAAAAGUUGAAAGUAUAGAAAUAAGCGAUGACGAUUUGGAUGAUUCAAACAGUUCGGCACAUUUUAGGAUUGAGCCACAAAUUGAUCUUAGUAUCAAUUAUUCGGAUCCUUUGAAAUUUGACGAACCUUGCACAAUAAAAUCAGAAUCAAUACAAAAUAGAGUGUUGAAAGAGCCUGUUAAUAAAAGCACAGUCAGUUGGUUAAAGCCUGUGGACCAUGAAGAAAACCAGGAAAGAAGGCAAAUUCAACAAGAUUUAAAUUUUUGUCAUGAAUCUGUUGACAAAAGCAAAACCAGUUGGUUAAAGCCUGUGGAUCCAGAAGAAAAUCAGGAAAAAAAGCAAAUUAAGAAAAAUCUAAAAAAAUCCCCUGAGCCUGCUAAAAAAAGUUCAAUUAAUUGGUCAAAACCAGUGGAUGUAAAAAAUUCCAUUGAGACUCUUAAUAAAACCACAAAUAGUUGGUUAAAACCUGUGAAGACAGAAAAUAAUCGGAAUGAAACAAUAGUUGAGCUAAAUCCAAAACUGAUUGAUAAUUCUGCUUUACAGAAGACAACAUAUUUGGUAUGGACUGAUGAAGAAGUUGCAUUAUUAUUCCAUAAAUACAAUCAAUACUUGCCCCAAAUUGGACCGCAACAUAGAUUUCGCUAUAAAAAAGAUGUGUGGAAGCAAAUUGCCACAGAAUUAAAAGACAAAACUUUUCAGCAAUGCGAACAACAAUAUUAUAGGACUCUUAUGAAAUGUAGAAUCAAUAACGAUCUUGCUACAGUGAGCGGAAGAAUUGUGUAACCUCCAUUCCAGACGAAGAUCUGGAUAAAAUAGAAAAUAGGACAAAGUAUGAAGUGAACUGUAUUUAACUAUAAAUUUAACUACUUCGUUUUUGGAUGUCCAGAAGCAUCAUUUGUACAAAAAUAAUUCUCUGUCGAUUGGGUUCCUAAAAAAAAACUAUGGACCAUAUUCAUAGUUCUUUCAUAAGCUUUGACUUUGUGUUUGUCGCUUCAUAGACAAUUUAGACCUAUUUCUUAACCAAUUUCCUAUGGAAAAGAAAUGCUUCUAACUUGUGUCAUAGCUUAAAACUCCAGUAUAAGUUAGAGCUGAGGCUGAAUCGGAUUUGUGAUAGUUGACAGUCAAAUUGCAAUUUUUUUGUAAGCUUGUAGAGCAGCAACAAAAUACUGCAAUGUCAUUUUCAUCAUAAAUCACAUUAGCCAGUUUCACCUCUGGUUUUAAAAUAUGACUAUGAAUAUGGCCCUGUGUGUCUUUCUUUUCUUUUUUUUGAGAAAAGCAACACGAAGAAAAAAAAAACAGUUAUAGCGUUUUUCAUUGUAAUCUGAAACCUUAAAGAAAUGGUUCAAAAUAGCAUCAUGAAUGAUCUAGAACUACCCAUUUUGCUUGCGAUACACAUGGCAAAUUUAAAAAUUCAAAUUUGCGUAUUGACGAGAUGUCUCACGAUAAGUCAACUGAUGAGUCCAAGAAACGGGGCGAAACGCCAAAUUUUUGUAUG